AUGGCCACCGUCGAUGCUGUGUCGACGCAGCUCCGGCAAUGGUCCUUCGAGAAGCCUGCAAACUCCCGCCCAGAGCGUUCGGACAGCACCGCAUCGUCCCCGGACCUGUCCCACCAUGCAUCCGAGACCCUGCGGAUACAUACUGCUGCCGUGCAUACUGCCACGAGCAUAGACGCAAAAGAUCCCUCCGCCUUCCAGGAGCGUUACCUUUCGUCUGAGGAAGAUCUCUCGCCCAUGGACGGCAACACCACCGACGAGGACUACGACUCCGAUGUGAGCAUCCACGAAGCCACGGCCACCCCAGCUACCCCAGGCUUCUUCAGGGCACGCACAAUGUCAAUCUCUCGCCAGGAUAAGGGCAAGAGCUGCGACAUGGCCGUGACGGUCUCUUAUGUAUCGGCCGGACGACCCAAGAUGAUCCAACUCGCACAAUCACCCGUCCUAGAAGCACCAAUUCGUUCAGCUUCUCUGGCACAAUUGCCCAUUGCGGCCAUCGGCAAGCUGCGGCAACAGGACCUGCGAACGCGCUCAAUGAUCGUCAACCCCAUGAACGGUCCCAAAUCACCGGCAAUUAGCAUCGAUACCCGAAGGCCGUCCAUGGGAAGCAGGCCAUACUCCCACAGCAACAAGAGUGCCAUGCUACUCUCCGAUUCUGGAUCGCAAUCGUCGCUGCAAAGCGGUGGCAGCACACCCCGGAGCUCUUCAGCUUCGGUGAGCGAAAAAUCAGUCACCUCCACCCGUCCGGUCAGCGCAGCAGGUUCGACCUUCCAACCACGCUCUUCUCUCUACGUCGUGUCGAGUGCGCGAAGCAACACCAGCAACCCUCUAGCGCCCUUCCCGCCGCUCACCCCACAGUCACCGGAACCACACGCCUUCCUCUCCUCGGACCCCUACGAGAACUCCACCACGAACGCCGCCUCGCCCCUCAUCAAGCAGUCGCCGCACAAGCGCCUCCGGUCCAUCUCGCAAAAGCUUUCGCUCGCGAGAAUCGCAAUCGGUCCCUCAAAAAAGUAUGACUCGAGGGUCAAUGGCACUAAAGCAGGGAACAUGCCUCCUACACCAUCGACACCGUACACGCCCUUGACACCGCAGACAGCCCCACUACCCACGUCAACAGGCCCGAACAAGCUGCGCCGAAACUCGCGCAUGUUGUCGUCGCGGCCCAACACCGCGCGGGGCCCUUCGCCGGAUAUCCCGCCCAUGCCUGUGCGAUCUGUCACGAGUGUUUCCAUCUCGCCCAUGAAGUCUGCUGCGAGGAACAGCAGAAUGGUAGCGAGGGGCGCCGAAGAGCGCGAGCCCAUUCUCGAGCUUCCGCCGUGUCCGGUCGAAGAUGCCGGCACAGGCAGCCUCAAGACGCGGCGCGUGCGCAAGCGCAAGAGUCUCAUGGACUUGCUCUAA